AUGUUAGACCAUGAAGCUAGGACGAGAGGCCGCUCCAAUACGGUCUCCGAUGGAUUAUGGGGUGUUUCUGAGAGAGGUGGCAGGUCUAACUUUCAAAAUACGCUUCCGACGAGAGUUACGGGCGCAUUGAGCCAGGAGCAAAUCGUGGCAUACCAGGUUAUGUUUCGGAUCCAAGAGAUCACUACGAAGCUGAGGCUUAAUGUAGUGAAUCCGCCAGCUCGUCGAAGUCGAUCUCCAUCACCACCUCCUGUGUACGACGCUCGCGGGAAAAGGACUAAUACUAGAGAGCAACGCUAUAAGCGACAGCUUGAAGAUGAAAGACACCGACUGGUGGAGAUAGCUUUGAAAAUGAUACCGCAUUUUGUGGCACCAGAUGAUUAUAAGCGGCCCACGAAGUUCCAAGACAAAUAUUACAUCCCUAUUCAGAGAUAUCCGGAGAUCAACUUCAUGGGUCUUCUCCUAGGACCUAGAGGCAAUACGCUUAGGAAAUUGCAAGAGGAUUCCGGAUGUAAGAUCGCUAUUAGAGGUCAAGGUUCAGUUAAAGAAGGUAAGAAUGCCUCUGAACUUCCCAAGGGUGCUAUGAACUUCGAAGAACCAUUGCACUGCAUUAUUAGCGCUGAAAGCGAAGACAAGAUUCAAAAGGGAGUUAAGGCUUGCGAGGGUGUAGUAAUUAGAGCGGUGACAUCUCCCGAGGGUCAAAAUGAACUGAAAAGGGGCCAGCUCCGAGAACUUGCAGAACUAAAUGGUACUCUACGCGAAGAUAGCAGACCCUGUCCCACAUGUGGCCUGCGAGGUCACAGAAGAUUUGAGUGUCCAAACAGAUCUACAUUUGUGCAACAGAUUAUCUGCCAGAAGUGUGGACAGGCCGGACACGCAACUCGAGAUUGCACGUUUGACGAACUUGAAGUUAUUCCCCAGAAAGAAUUUACAAGCCCCGCCAUGCUUUAUCAGCGAAAUGCAGAGAGCAUAACGAAAAGGCCUCAUAUUCAAGACGAAGAAGUUCUCAAAAACGAUUGGAAAAGGCGUAAUACUAGCUAUAGUGCCGAUUACAAGCCUUCUCAUGAGACUGUGCCCCAAACUACAUCCUACCGAUCGCGACAACUACGUGAUUCGGGUCCUUCGGAAGAUAGUGAAAUGAACUAUGCUUCAAGCAUGCCAUACAAUGGACCUCCUGGUCUUGAUAAUUUCACACCCUCGUACGAAGCCUCCUCUUCCGGAACAAAUAACAUAAUCAAUGGGGUCGCAGUAUUAGAAAAUGAAGGCCACCAAUUCAAGAGAACAUCCCAAGGUGGCUCGGAGCCUAUUGCAUCCGCCAUUCACGGACCACCCGGAACCUCAAUUUCAACUGCAUAUGUACCUGGUCCUCCUGGUGCGUCAACGGGCGUCAGCGUAACUGGGCCUCCCGGCAUAUCAAUCGGUAGUUCAGAUGCUGCAACUAGUCUUGGUGGUCCAUCGGAAUAUCACAAACCCUCUCACGACCCUGCCUCACCAACAAAUUAUCAACCGAUGCCAAACGGUCCGCCAGGAUUGUCAACAAUGCCAACUAUUAACGCUCCCCCUGGGCUGGAUGCUCCACCAUUUGCUGCUGAUGAGAAAAAGAGCCAAGAACCUUACCGACCUUUGGCAGGGCCUCCUGGUCUCAGCGGUCCUCCCCCAGGACUGUAA